AAACUUGUCUCCUGACAUUCUUUACGUGUUGUGAUAAAGUGAGACAGCUAAGGAUGUCUACCUUGUUCCAGUAGUCACGGCAAAACGGUCUUAAACACAAAAUUGUUAUUUCCCCGUAUUACGUCAGUAAAAGUUUUUUCAUAAAUAUUGUAUGUCUUUCAGAAGAAGGGGAGAGAUCGUUAGCGGCCCAACUUCUCAACUAGUCGGAGCCCGAGCCCCUAGCUCUUUAAUCUCUAGGGCUACUCCUAAUAGAGGGGCUGGCGAGUACGUUUCUCGAGCAGCCUCAGCAGGGGGCACACCCAAGAGAAAUUCUGAAAAUGCAUUGGCUAAUCAUGUCGGUGUGAAACCUUCGAUCCUUACGUCGCAGCCAUGCAUAUCUACCGGUUCCAGUGACAUAGACAGUGUAUUGGGUCAUCAGGGACUGCCUUUGGGGUCCUCACUACUGAUAGAAGAAACGGGAACCACAGAUUUUGCAUCUACUUUGACAAAAUUGUUUCUAGCUCAAGGCAUUGCACACAACCGAAUCAACCCGUCCCAGCCCAAUACCCACGAUGUUUUGGUGGGUUUGGACCAGAACUGGGCCAAAGGUUUUCCUGGAAUAUACAAGGGGAGUAAAGAAAGAAAGAAGGAAAAAGUCCAGCAAAACGAGUCCAAGGUUAGUGUCUCGAACAUAGUGAAUCAAAAUAAUGAUCUGAAGAUAGCCUGGCGUUAUGGGCUGAAUCAAAGAAAAAAUGAGAGCCACGAUGAUACAAUAGACCAAUAUCCGCACUAUAAUAACCAAUUCGACAUCACCUCCGUGCUAACAGUCGCGCCUGGACCUCACGAACUAACAUGUAUUCCCAAUGAUAAUUUUUCAAGAAUAUUGAAGCGGAUCGAAGAUACUGUCAUCAAACAACCCAGCAAAAUAGUUAGAAUUGCAGUGCCUUUGUUUCUAAACCCGUUGGUUUACCAGAAGGAGACUAGCGCACCAGAAAUUCUGAGGUUUGUUCACGGUCUGAAACAGAUUCUCAAAAAAUAUCCAAAUCAGGUCGCCCUAUUCAUGACUAUCAACCUUGAUCUGUACCCUCGAAAUAAUCCCCUUAUUGGCUACAUUGAGCUGCUGUUUGAUUCUGUCAUUGAACUGCGUCCGUUUGACCCUCAGCUGCACGAUUUAAUGGAACGAGUCUACAAAAACCAACCUGCAAAAUUGAAGCAUGGACACUUGAACGUUUACAAACUACCUAUUUUGAGCGAGUCUGGCCUUAUGUGUGUCCAGGAGAUGGAAUACAGUUUCAAGAAUGGGCGAAGACGCUUUGAGAUUGAAAAGUGGAGUAUUCCGGUCGAGGACGAAGAAACUACUGAUGACAAGAAAUUGGAGUUUUAAUAUGUGAACCAAUUGUAAUACCAAUUCAUUACUUAUAUAUCCGUUAAAUCAAUGCGUCAUGAAAUCAAUGCGUCGUAAAUGAGACACGAUCUACAUCGAUGCCUCCACCAUGGUAACUGCUAGCAGUCACUCAUCUAAAGUCUGCAUCUGGACUUUGUGAAACCUUUCUUCAUUUUGUGAGUGAUUGGAGCCACGUCUUUCUUUCUUGAAAACAGGCGGAAUCUCUCCCGCAUUGAUCAAGUCCUCUAAUUCGUCACCGUCUUUGCCCCAAUUGCCCUUACCAAAACCGUCUUUCUUCACAUGGUUAGGGUCCUGAUCAAAGUGUCCACUGUGGGUAAAGUAUUUUGGCUCUGCGUGAGAGCCCUUGUCGUUCCAUUUU